CUGGCGGCGAUUUUCAUGAAGAUACCGAGUCAUUUUGCGAUUUUCUCAACGGACGUUACGUUUGAACGGUUAAAUAUCUGUUGUUACUACAUUGUACAAAUAAAGAAUUACAAUAUUUGCAUAUAAAAAAUAGAUGAAUAUGUUCAAUAUAUUACAUUAUUAUUCGCUAAGACGAUAAAAUAAGACGAUAAAAUGUUUGACAUGAGAAGAUGUGUUUCUAAUUCUGCCGUUUGCGCUCAUUUGCAACACGAGAUAUGAAUUACAUUCGUUUUAGAUACGCUCGUUGCUCGUAUUUUAAUUUCAUGUCGGAAUUCCGUUUUCAGCAAAUCUAAUCUAACGCAGACCUUCUGCCUUAUUAGACACGAUAAUGUAAAUUAAAAAUUCGCAAAUUAAAAAAAUACGAAAAUCUCUGAUCCCGUCCCAGUAGUCGCGGCAAUUUCCGCGUUAUCUUUCAAACAUGUUGAGUCUCGACGAUCGAUGUAUCGUCGCGGCAGAUUCGAAAAAAAUCGUGCGGCGAAACUGCAGCGAAGUCGAGCUGCACCGCUCGGCACUUUCGCACGCGGAUUGAUAAUGCGGACGCGGGCUCUCUGCGGAAAUGCAAUCUGGCGCGCGUCGGGAGCGACGGGAAUCGCGGUAAACUGUCAUCGUCGCUCAUGAUAGCGGCGGCGGCGAUGAGAUGCAACGGCGAGAGCGGCAGUGGCCGACGGAUCAAACGGUGUCCGACGCGCGCGGACGCGACCUUCGUCGUUGUGCAUCGAGCAGAUAAGCGAUUUUUCCGCAGCCUACUGAUAAAGCUCGUCCUGUGUGCACGACGAGUAGCGUACGCAAUAACAACACGUCGGGAAUCACCGGUUUCCGCGGUUACGACGACGAUCGACAUCAUUCCCACCCCAGAAGACGACGUGACCUGCGAAUAAAUAUCACGAUCUUUCUCUCCUUUUCGCUCACGUUCGCUCACGUUGUAAUUGCCGCCGAAUAGCUCCUCAAGAUCGUACGGAGGAUGUGGUACCGACUGCUGACCCUGUUGCUUCUGGUGUGCUGUUGCCACUUCGUCGCCGCUUCCAAGAGGAUGAAAGUGGACGGCAAGUCUUACACGGUGUCGGCGUAUCCGGAGGACUGCAGGAAGUACGUGAUGUGCAGCGAGGGCAGAUGCAAGCUGGAGACUUGCGAGCCCACCUACUUCUUCGACCCGGUCAGCUCCACCUGCACCCACCGGGCGCGCGGUUCCGCCAAUUGUGACUUCAAGCUAUCACGAAAAUCGCGACGCGGCUGAGAUCGUCGAUGUGUAUCGUAAAUGUAUCCCCCCCUUCGUGACGAGGUUCCGAAGGAGCUCAAAUAAAACUCAGCAAUGGAACAGCACAAUCCCCCCCAUUCAUUUCUUGCACCCCCGUACAUUGUUGUCCUCGCUCCCGUCCCCUCGUGUCGGUCCCUUUAUUAAGCCGAUGAUAAUAAUCGUUAACGAGCGAUAAUUGGCAAAUAGUUCUGUUUGCAGCCGCUCUUUCGUCGCCUCGUUUCAUGUUCGUGUGAGUCGACGUUUUUUUUUUCCUUGAACGCGUAUGUGCGUGGGGGAACAAACACUGCAGGUCAAUUUUCCUCUUCUUCUUUUCCCCCUAUCUCUUUCUUUCUUUCUGUCCGUCCCUUCUCUCUCUUUCUCUCCCUCUUUCUCUCUUUUCGUCGCCCGACCAUCCAUCAUCUGUUGCUUUCCCGUUCAUCUCUUCUUUCCUCGAACAUUCCUCGAGGAUAACCCUAAGGAUAACCCUCGGACUAUUCAGGCGAUAACCUUUAGGCUUCCGUGAAUCGGCUUACUUGUUUUCUUAGCUAUCUGCUUCAGAGUAAAGCUGCUCGGCCGAUCGGCUACGGUGUCGCGAUUUUACGAGGAGCCGAGGUUCAGUGUAGUACGAUGCUCGGUCUAUCGUGGAGGUAUUGAAGAUGACAGCAUCAUUCAAUCGCUUCCUCGUCGCGCUCUGCGUCGUCCAUAUCUGCGUUGUCUUCGCGAUUUAUGAUCCAAGAGCCACGACUACGAAACCACCUGAGCGUCGUGAAGCGGUGCCACCUUGGUAUUCGGCAGGUAAAGCGAACGAGUCGGGAAUUCAGGCGACGCCUUUCGCUCCGAAAUGGCAAACGCACGACGACGACGUCUCGUCCAAGCCUGCUACGAAGGGUUGGGGCCCUUGGCGAAAAAAUCCGGGCAACGAGAUCGAACAAAGGACACAGGUCAAUACCCAGGAUCACCCGGCCGAGCAAGUUCCCGAGCAGCAACAUCAUCCUGAAUUCAAUAAGUGGGAAGAACAGGGAAAUCUGAAGUCAUCUCCGCCACGAGAAGGAUCGGUCGAUUCCGAUAAAAAUCGCGGAGGCUUCCAGGAUGCAUCGAAAUACGGGAGCCGGGGUUCACCGCAGAACAUGAUUGAUUUUGAAAAUAAACUUCCGCCGAGAUACGACGAUACGAGCGCGGGGGAUGAGAAUUUGUACGAAGGAGUGCCUGUCGACAGCACGAAACCACAUAAGGAAAACAUACUUAUUUCGUGGAAACCGCGGCACACAGUGGCUCGGUACAGCCGCCAAUUCGGCGUGCAGUGUCCCGAUCACAAUUCCACGGGGCAAUUUGUUUAUCCGCUCGACUGCAAGUUCUUCGUCAAUUGUUGGAAGGGUCGCGCAUUUGUUCAGCCGUGCGCUCCCGGCACUUAUUUUAAUCCUAACACCCUGGAGUGUGACUUCCCGCACAAAGUGAAGUGCUACGAGGGUGAAUUCGCCGAUUACAGGGAGCCGAUUUACUCCGAAUCUCAAGUCGAUCGAAAUUCGCAAAAGUUACAAGAACCGAAAUGCCCGCCUUACGUGACGGGUUUAAUGCCGCAUUACGGAGACUGUACGAAAUUUUUGCAAUGCGCGAACGGUGCAACCUACGUUAUGGAUUGCGGCCCUGGGACUGUUUUUAAUCCCGCCCUUAGUGUGUGCGAUUGGCCGCGCAAUGUAAAGGGCUGCGAAGAUACCUUCAAAUCCGAGGAGGAUGUCAAAAUACUACUCACACCCCCGAGUCCACAGACGUAUCCUUACGCGCACGACAAGUUGAAAUAUACCGACGGGAAGAAAAUUGCGUGUCCUGCAGAUUUCACUGGUUUGCUGCCCCAUCCGGAGACGUGCAAAAAGUUCCUUCAGUGUGCGAAUGGUGCUACUUUCGUGAUGGACUGUGGUCCUGGCACAGCUUUCAAUCCUCUUACGACGGUCUGCGACUGGCCUUACAACGUACCUGGCUGCAAUACAGAUAAACCAGGCGAUGAGGCGCACAGGACAACGGGUAACAGCUGGCCACCGUCCGGCGAAGUCGGAAGUGGCACUGCAACGUGGUCGGAUACGAACCGAUACAAUGGCACAGGUGACUCUCACGGUGCAGGCUCAUGGCCGGGAUAUAGAGCGACGACGACGACGACUCUUAGACCGCCGUGGGCACCGAUAACCCCGGGUCCAGUCUUGUACCCGACGUGGAAGCCAUCAUCCGUGACAACCACGAGUCGAGUGUUGUAUCCGACGAUGAGACCGUCAUUCGUGACAACUCCGGCUCCACGCUGGAUACCGACGUGGACGACCGCAAGACCGUCUUACGACCGGCCCGGACACGCCGCUGAUCAUCGCGGUCAUUACGGUCGAGUGUACGAAGACGGCCAGUACAGGGACCACGGGCCGUAUCGUCCGGAGUGGCGACCGAGCGGCGGAGAUUUCGGGCGACCUAAGGUCGACGGUGAUUACGGGUACUACGACCGCUACGACGAACAGUGGGCGAAAGAUCCGGACGCCGGUCAUCCGCCGGGUACUCGUCAUUUCGACCGUCGUCCGAGUGGCCAGCCGUGGCCACCCGAACGUAGAUUCCCACCGGAUCACGGGUACGACCAUGGCUACCAUCCCCGUCCUCCUUAUUCCCCCAAUUUACCUCACGGUUACGGGCCUGCGCCAGGUCCUCCGGCGAACCCGAGCUGGGACUCAGAUAGCUCCGCUGCCGUCCCCGCUGACGGCGACUACGGUCGUGAAUAUUACGGGGGGUACGCUCCGCACACGGGCGACGGCCGUUGGCGUCCCGAUGGCCACCAGCAUCGCCCGCCUUAUCAUCGUCAUCAUCAUCAUCAUGAUCAUCGCCAUCACUUCGGAGACGCAGUUUCACCGGGCGAAACGGAUCGGGGGCGAUUAUCGCCGUAUUUCCCGGACGGGCGACACGAAGAAGACGACACUCAGUAUCGCGAGGACGCGCAAACGACGUUUCCCGGCGCUGGGAAUCCGCCGGCAAAUCGGAGGACCGGUUAUGACUUCUCGCAGACCAGCCCGCGACAAGACGGGCCGAGUCCUGGACUUCAUCGUCCCGACUUUAAUCGCACUUCUCCGCCGACUGGAAAUGUUUUUCUAAACAGCGGCGAUCAAUUCGCUGAGAGUUCGAAUCAGACUCGCUAUGGUCCGUGGCGAGAUGGGCCGCCCGCUCCUCGGCCGGAACAAGGAAAUACCGCCUGGAGUCGAGCCGAUGGAUCCGCUUUCCAGCCGAGCACGUGGCGCGACCAGCCGAGUCGAGGACACGCGGACACCCCAACGCGCCCGUUGGAUCAAGACGCUCAGGAAAAUAAAUUCCACCAAUGGCAAUCGGGAAGUGAUAUUUAUCAGCAAAGCACGGUUGACAGGGAAAACGAUGCGAAAAUGGCACAGUGGGCAUCGAAGACGAAUAUCUUCGCACAUUCGAGGGGUCAAAUAGGUCCAGCAGAUUCGCCGAAUGAAACUAAGCAUCCGAAAACGAAUCUUUAUCCGGAUGGGAUAUACGCCAAUGUAAAUGGCGUAAAGGGUCACUUCAUCACGAAGGAAAUUGAGAGUAAUCAAACACGCCCGGAGAUGCAGUAUCCGUAUGAAGUUCAAAAACCAUUCGAUCGGGAUAACAAUUUGAAUAGCACUGAUUACGGUUACGCGCCAUUGUUCAACGUUACAACGUCCACGGGAACGACAGCCACGAGACCUCCGAAUAAACCGUCUGUACCGACAAGAAGAGCGAAGGAUCUUACAAACACUACAAACACUAUAAGGGAAAAAGAACCGCGUGUUUCCCGUGACGAGAGUAGGUCCCAUUUACCCGGUGUCUCGAUUGAACAAGUUGACCUUUCGAGCGGUAUCGAUACAAAGCUAAGUGACAUAUCGUCGGAAUUUCCGGAUAUCCUCGCACGGGAGACGGGUGAUUACGUGGACGUGUUGGACGAGAAAAACGAGUGGAAGCCCAAAUUGGUUUUCAAAAAUAAGACCGAGGACAUCACCACGGCUCCAUCGGUCGUUAUGAGGAUCACCCCGAAGAAAACCGACGUCGAGCUCUUUAAUAUCGAAGCUCCGCCGUUUAAAGAAGAGGAGCCACCUUUCCCAGUUUAUUACGUGCCGUUAGUGCGACCAUUGACUCAUUCGCAAAAGACCGCUCUGCUGACACCCAUAUCCGGUCAGGUGAUCCGCUUGAGAGGUGGUACCGGACCUAACGAUGGUUACGUUGAGGUCCAAGGCGCGCUGCCAGGUUGGGGCAUCGUGUGUGAUUCUAGAAAUAGUUGGACGCUGAAAGAGGCUCACAUAGUGUGCAGACAACUUGGUUACACCAGAGGCGCCGAAAUGGCUUGGCAAGGCAGAAACAAUCACAACGGAGUGCCAACUUGGGUAGCGGCGAACACCGUGACGUGUCUCGGCAACGAGACCAGAUUUCAAUCGUGCAAAUUCACGCACAAUCAGGAGUGCCGCGUGGAUAGGGACGCUGUCGGCGUGCGAUGCCUCUCGAAUCAUAUCGCGCAUUGUCGCAAGGACGAGAUACCGCACGAGGAACAAUGCUACCAUUUGGCCGAGCCAGUCGGAGGGUUGAACCGUGCUGAGGCGUCAGAUUACUGCAAGCGAAGGAACGCCCGGCUCAUCGACAUCGCCAACCAGGCGGAAAACAACUUCGUGUCGGAGUGGCUGUUGCAGUUGUAUCCGGAAGUUAGCUCGAUCAUGACCUCCGGCACCGGCUUCGCCAUUAUGAAUCGCCCCUUCUGGCUCUGGGAGGACUCCACUCACGCCAUGUUUAAAUUUACAAAGUGGUGGCCCGGCUGGGUGAACGACACGGAGCAGCCACCGCAGCCGUUGGGCCCUCGUCCUCUUUGCAUCGUAAUGAAACGGAAAUUUCCAUGUCACGAACUAGCCGAGUCGACAUGCGUCGCGGAUUAUUUCUUCUGGGAUACGGAGGACUGCGCGGACAGCUCAAAGUUGCAUUCCUUCGUCUGUGAGAGACCUUAUGAGGACAUCGGCUGCGUUUACGGGAAAGGAAAUCAAUACGCCGGUAAAGCCAAUGUAACACUAUCAGGAAACGAAUGUCUCCCAUGGGCCGACCAGAGAAUCGCCCAUCAGCUGCGCGUGAAUGUCGUUAGCGAGGAAGCCCGGGAGAAACUGAGAACGCACAACUUCUGCAGGAACCCUAAUCCCGCAAAGGAAUCGAGGCCAUGGUGCUUCGCAGGACCAACGGGAGAGCGCGAAUAUUGCGAUAUUCCUGCCUGUCGAAAUAUCGAUCCGAAACGGUCGACGUUGACUGGCCAACACAAACCUAGACAUUUCGAAUGCAUGCCAGGAGAGUACAUUCCAUCUCCGUGGGUCUGCGACGGAGAGGAGGAUUGUACGAACGGGGCCGACGAGAGGAAGUGCGCGGUGGACCUCAGCCUCUUUGAAAAAUCCGCGAAGCAUAAACUCGAUGGCUACGACGUGGAAAAAUGGCUGAACACGCCACUGAAGACCUGCGCUUUAAGAUGCAAAGAAGCCGAUUUCACUUGCCGCUCUUUUAAUCACAAGGCGGAGGGCAACAUCUGUCUGCUCAGCGACAGCAACAUUGGCUCGACUGGCGCGCUUAAGUCUGACAGGCAGUUCGAUUAUUACGAAAUGACGGAGAGAAGCGUGAAUUGCGACGGCAUGUACAUUUGCAAUAAUCGCAAGUGCAUAAAUCAAAGCCAGGUCUGCAACGGUAAAAACGACUGCAACGAUCGCAGCGACGAGAGUAUCUGCACGGCGGAGAAUCUCGAUUAUGAGAUUCGCCUGGCAGGCACAAAUAGUAGUCACGAGGGGCGAGUCGAGGUCAAAGUUCUAGGACACUGGGGGCAGGUAUGCGACGACGGCUUCGGCAUGAUCAAUGCUGACGUCAUCUGCAGAGAGCUCGGUUUCGUUCUCGGCGCGUUGGACGUUAGACAGGGUGGAUUCUACGGAAAUCUCGACCCGCCGACGAAAUUUAUGGUGGAUCAGCUGAAGUGCCGCGGCAACGAGACUACCUUACGGGAGUGCGACUUCAACGGAUGGGGAGUCCACAAUUGUCAACCGGAGGAGGCCGUCGGCAUCGUCUGUAAGACCGCGGUCAACACCUGUCAACAGGAUUACUGGAAGUGCGACAACAGUGCGGCUUGCAUAUCGACGUCGUUCAUUUGCGACGAGGUGGUCGAUUGCCCGGACGGCUCCGACGAGAGCCCGGAGCAUUGCGAUGCACCGUUCGAGUUGCGUUUAGUGGACGGCGACGGCCUUCUGCAGGGAAGGGUCGAAGUGCGACAUUACGGUGUAUGGGGCACCGUGUGCGACGAUGACUUCACGCAUAACGCAGCGGCGGUUAUCUGCCGAUCGUUGGGCUACGGAGGUAGAGCAAUCGCCAAGAAGAAUGGUUUCUUCGGGCCCGGCGAGGGACCGAUAUGGCUAGACGAGGUUUUCUGUCACGGCAACGAGACGCAGUUGCAUCGAUGCGACCAUAAUCACUGGGGCCGACACAACUGCAAUCAUAACGAGGACGCAGGUGUAAUUUGCUCACCUGGAGAUGUCAGCGAGCGAAAAUGGACAAUGGUGCCGGAACUUCCAGAGCGAAGCAUCGACGAGAUACUCCCGGCGAAGUGCGGCCAGCGCGCCAAAGAUUUCAAUGACGACGAGGACUUGAUAUUCGCGAAGGUGGUGCACGGCUCCAUCGCGCCGAAAGGCACCUACCCUUGGCAGGCCAGCGUGCGGGUCCGAGGACACAGCCGAUCGAAUCACUGGUGCGGCGCGGUGAUUGUGUCGCCCCUGCACGUGUUAACGGCGGCGCAUUGUCUGGAAGGCUACAACAAAGGCACGUAUUUUGUUCGCGCGGGGGAUUACAACACAGAUAUAGAGGAGGGCACCGAAGUGGAAGCCAACAUCGAGGAUUACUACGUGCACGAGGAAUUCCGCAUAGGUCACAAGAUGAACAACGAUAUCGCUCUGGUUCUACUUAAAGGCCCCGGUAUCCCGCUUGGCAAGGAUAUCAUGCCAAUUUGCUUACCGCCCGAGAACACCGAGUACCCAGCCGGGCUCAAUUGCACGAUCAGCGGAUUCGGCAGCAUCGAGACGGGAAAGACGACGCAAUCGAAGGAUUUGCGGUACGGCUGGGUGCCCCUGUUGGACCAGUCGAUUUGCCGGGCCGGUUACGUUUACGGCGAGGGCGCCAUAAGCGACGGUAUGAUAUGCGCCGGAUACCUCGACGAGGGUAUCGACACCUGCGACGGCGAUUCCGGCGGCCCCCUGGCGUGUUAUCACAAUGGAGCUUUCACUCUGUACGGGAUAACCAGCUGGGGCCAGCAUUGCGGCAGGGCGAACAAACCUGGAGUUUACGUCCGCGUAGCGUAUUACCGGCGAUGGAUCGAUCAGAAAAUCAAGGAAUCGCUCGCGGGCAGGUAGACUUUGUACGAAAUUUGUGCGAAAGACGUUCUCUUUAAAGAUGUCAUGUAGCGGCCUGUCGUACAUUAACAGCGUUAACGAAUAAUUCGCGAAUAACUCCAUCUAUAUGAAACAAUUCCAUCUGUACGCAUCAUCGCCCGUGGAGACGUAAUGAUAAUUAGAGAUACUUACUUCGUCGUAAUAUACUCACCGAUUUUCUCUCUCUUCGUGGUUAAUCCGUCCUGCGAUUUAUUUAUAUAUCUCAAUAAAACACGUGCCAUAUGGAAAGCAUUGGAAGAAUAAAGACGCAGACAUCGAUGACACACACACACACACAGGAUGAGAGUGACGCAAGUGAGCACACGAACGAAGGUGGGUUCUGUUAAUUUGCAGUUUAUUUCGUAAGACAUCUUCGUUUCUACAGUAAUUGUAAUUGUGUUGCUUUCCUGUCGCUGUUACAUGAUUGAGCCUAUUUUUUUUAUGUACAAUAGUCCCAACGUGUCUGACCCGAUUCGAUCCGUGGUAACAACUCAACGUUGGCUCAAACGAAUGGCGUUUAUACAGACCGAAAACGUAAAGCACGUGUAUGCACAGUCGAGAGAAAGUAACAGACGCGCGUUCGCAUUGUAUAUAAACUCGCACAGCACUGAAUUACAUUAUUACAGUGUCGCAUAGGUUUUAGGCUGAUCAGACGCAGGCUUAAAAGGUUCCCUUAUCUUGCGUUCUCGUUUAUCGCGUUACUCCCGCUAAUAUCGGCCCUCUUAAAAGGCGCAAGGACAAAAACGACAAAGAAGACAUAUAUUGAUCGGCAUAUAAAACAGCGCGAUAUAUCAAAAUAUAUCGGCUCAAUAUAAAGUACAGAGAGAGAGAGAGAGAGAGAGUCGCUGCCGCGCUUCGUGCGAAACCGCAAAACUGAAACUCUCGAGCCCCUUCGACGCGUACCACCUGCACGCGUUGCAUCGAUUUCUAUCGCGCUUGCGAACACUCGCGAACAAAAAGAAAAUUCACACGACAGAGAGAGAGAGGGAGAGGGGAAAAGAGGAGAGAUAGACGUGAAGUUUUUCGUUAGCAAGAAAUUAACGAUCCCGAGUUGUAGUCUCGCGAACGAGAUUUGCCGCGCGACGAUAAGACGCCCGACAAUAUAUACCGCGAGAGGAAGUGAUCGGAAAACGUUAACCACAUCGAUCGUGGUUUUGCCGUAGAGAUAACAAACAAAGAGCUGAACUUCGCUUCGCGAAAAGUCCUACAAAGGAGAUAUCCUAUCUACGGUCGCACGGUGCAAUUAUGAUCUUAUGUCUCACUUAAGGGAAUGUCGAUCAAGAAUACGCUUAGCGUGAAAAUUAACGAUUAAAUCUAACUCGAAUACGCUUAAUUUAGGCGAUAAAGUGGCCCCGAAUCUGUGUCACUGGAAAAUGUGUUAAUGACCGAUUGAUUAAUUAUUAACGGUACGAUUAAUAAUUAAUUACUCAUGGGACAAUUAAUAGUAGCAAUUAAUUAUUAAUGAUAAUUGUGCAAGAUAUUCUGGGAGAAGAAUCGUUACGGAAGAAAUAUUACGAGAUAUUCUCAACGCAAGCUUCUUCAGAAUAUUCUGACGCGAUAACGACUCCUAAGUCGGCGGAAAACAGUCUCGCGAAUAGCACAUACCAGUUCGUGGCAAUGUGAUCUUGUGUGUAUCAUCGAGUAGAAAAGACUUUAGUGAGGACCGCGGCGCGUCCGCGAGACACGAGUCCGGAGUUUCGGCUCUUCGAGCCGAAAGGAAGGAUUUUUCCCGCAGAACGCGAGAAGGGAUAUUUUUCGGGGGACACAAAUUCGGGCCGAACUAACGAUCUAAUGACUAGAUGUUAAGCAAGAGUUACCGUUAUCUUUCAAUCAAUCACUCGACGAUGAACGUACGUACAUACUUGUUUCUUUUUUAUUUCUCUCUUUCAAGUGGCGUUAGGCAAUCUCGGAUUGAGACCGAUCGGCGAUUACGAUCGCUGACGCUUUUUCUUUUUUUUUUAAUCGUGGAUCCCGACGCGGAGCGGAUCGGUUCCCGCCGCUUUCGCCGCGCCGGUCUCCCGAAAUUCGAUUAUCGGCCUAUGUUUUAGAUCUAAGUAACGUACAGAUACGCAUAUUAAUUGUAUAUACACACACGACUUUCUUAUGUACAGAAUCGUUAACUAUGAUAGAACGUCACUAGUGUUGCCGAACGCGAGGAGAAAGGUGCCGGCAAGGUGGGGAUUCUCGGGAGAGUAGCUCGAAACAGCGGGGAAGAGGGGACUUUGAUAAUGAGGGGGGGAGGGGGAUCGCAGGGUAUCCGGAAAAUGCUUUGUUUGACUAUGGAAAUGGUGUGUGUGUGUGUGUGUCAUCGUCUACGAUCAACAGUCUAACUUCAGCAAACUAAAGCUUUGCAGCGUUGCCUGCAAUAGAAAAAUCGUACAAAACGACACGGUAGAAAAACGUCCGGCGCGGGGAUCCAACGCGGUGUGCGGAAGCGGCAAACAAACAGAGACAAUUCCGGGUGUGAUGAUGGAGAUCGAGCAGAAGAGGCCAAGAGAGAUGGAAAGGAGGGAGGAGAGAAAGAGUCAGAAAGAGACAGAGUGAGAGAGAGAGAGAGAGAGAGAGGAUAAGAGUUCAUGAACACGGAUAAUGAUCAUACGAUCACGACGUAACGCUACGAAUAUUGACAAUGUAACACGCGCGCCGCUUAAGAUGUUACAGUGUAAUUAGCCUUCUUACUGUUAGUCAUUGAUUUACGAUAACGUGCAUACGCAAUCGUCGGCUUGGUUUACGUACUACUUUUAUUAUUUUCUUUUUUUUUUACGGAAAAUUGCCACGAGCUCGCGGCGCAACCAGAUCUCGCUCGGAUAGGACCGCUGGUGUGUUAAUCGAUGGCGAUCGAAUCAAUAUAUAUUGGACGUACGUUAUCAAAUAUUUACAAAAUAGCAAGUAAAAACUGACGGAUUGUAAUAUCGGCACUUUAGUAAAUUUGUAAAAGUGCUAAAAAGAGUUGUAAAAGUGCUACUGACGCGUUGCGUCAAUAACAACAACGAGUUUCGGCGCGUGUG